AUGCCGCCUCAAACAAAAUAUGCUGUGCCUCCUGUUGAAGCAACAGGUUUUAGCAUUUUUGUACGUACCUCAUAUGCAGCAAGAUACAAUUUUGCUGUUGCAAAUUAUAAUUCUGUAUCUACUGCUCAUAAAUUAAGUAUGUUCGGUAAUCGUUUACUUUUAUUUCGAUCCGUUGUAGCUGUUAUUUGGAUCGUAUCAAUGGCUUUUGCAGUUCUUACUCUAAUUAAAGCUGGUUUAAUCGGUGUUACUAUUGUUUUGAGUUUGAUAUAUAUUAUUAUAUCAAUUUAUAACAUCUAUGUCUUUUUCACAAAUGGUAAUCUUCUUUAUUCAACACGUCUUUUACGAGCUAAAGUCAGCGGACCCGGUGGUCAUGAUUAUGAAUGGGUAUCUGUACCACUUGAUUCACGUAGUGCAAACGAACGAUUAGCCUCUGUUGAUCAAUCAGCACUUGACAAUGUACGAAGAGAAUUCGGAGGAAAUAAUACCGCUGAAAUCGAUUGUAUGGUAUAUACAAAACGUUAUGCUGAUAUGUAUCCUGCAUUUCCUAAAGAACUUGUUUUACAUUUGAUUGCAUUUUUAGUAGCAAUUACAGUUGGUAUUACACUAACUGUAGUUAAAGUAAAGUAUUUGUAA